CUGCUUGUAGGAAAAGAUAUGACAGUUUUCAACUUUAUAUAUUGAUAAAGUCAAGCUCCUGAUAAUGCUGUUCAGUCACAAUUACAUUAAAUUUGAGGUGGGGGAUGCAUGUCAUUGCAGUUGAUACCUGUCAAGAAUCUCUUAAAUUGUCCUCUGAAAAGCCAGAAUGGAGCUAUCAAUGCUCCCACCUCAGAUCUAUGUAGAAAAAACUCUGGCCAUUAUCAAACCAGAUAUUGCUGACAAAGAGGAGGAGAUACAAGACAUUAUUCUCAGAUCUGGAUUCACCAUUGUUCAGAGAAGAAAACUUCAUCUCAGCCCUGAGCACUGUAGUAACUUUUAUGUGGAACAGUAUGGGAAAAUGUUUUUCCCCAAUUUAACAGCUUACAUGAGUUCUGGACCACUUGUUGCCAUGAUAUUAGCUAGACAUAAAGCCAUCUCUUACUGGAAAGAACUUUUGGGACCAAGUAAUAGCUUAGUAGCUAAGGAGACACAUCCAGACAGUCUAAGGGCAAUUUAUGGCACAGAUGAACUAAGGAAUGCACUUCAUGGGAGUAACGAUUUUGCUGCAGCAGAAAGAGAAAUUCGAUUCAUGUUUCCUGCAGUGAUUGUUGAGCCCAUUCCAGUUGGACAAGCUGCUAAGGACUAUUUAAAUUUGUAUGUAACACCAACUCUUCUUAAAGGACUCACAGAGCUUUGUAAGCAAAAACCAGCAGAUCCUUUUAUUUGGCUAGCUGAUUGGCUGCUGAAAAAUAAUCCCAACAAACCUAAACUUUGUCAUCAUCCAAUUCCAGAAGAACCUCAUUAAAAUAAAGUUCCUUGAAGAACAAAUAAUGAACUGUUUUACGUAAAAGGCAUGCUUCUACUUAAGAAAAAAAUAAUUGC